AAAGGAAAAAAAAGUGUCCGUAUGAAUAAGAGAUUCUCAAUACGCCGUCACGCCGCGUUCAAGAUGGCAAGGGGACAAAUGCGAUGCUUGAGGCGGAUAAUGACCUUCUUUAGGAUGGAGUCGAAAGAUGAUAUCGUGGACCGAUCGUAUGUUCUACCGAAAAUCCUAAAGGAGUGUGGUAAAACAGUUGGAACGCUCUCGAAAUCAAGAAGAACCUAG